CAGCCCCGCAGCCCGCAGAGCAGCACCCAGCACCGCGGCGCACGUGGCCAUGGCGACCACGGACGCGCCGAGCUGGAGCUGCCCGUCCAACGUGUCGCUGCUGGUGGACCGGAUCCUCGGAGACCUGCAGCGACCGCUGUGGCCGCUGCUGCUGCUGGAAUUCGGGGUGUCUGCGGGCGGCAACGGGGUGGCCCUGUGGCGGCUGUGGCGUUGGGGGGCGCGGCCCUGGGCCCCCCCGGCCGUGCUGUCGGCGCAGCUGGCGCUCAGCCACCUGCUGCUGGCGCUCACGCUGCCCCCCCAGGCCGCCUACCUGGCGCCCCCCAAACACUGGCGUCACGGGGCGAUCGCCUGCCGCCUGGAGCGCUUCCUGGCCGCCGCCAACGUGCUGGGGGGCGCCGUGUUCACCGCCGCCAUCGGCCUGACCCGCUACCUGGGGGUGGCGCACCCCUUCUUCACCCGGGGCCGCCUGCGCCCCCGCCACGCCUGGGCCGCCAGCGCGGGGGGCUGGGCCCUGAGCGCCCUGCUGGCCGCCCCCACCCUGCACUUCUCCCGCCUGCAAGACUCGCGCUGCUCCGGGCCGGGCUUCUUCGAGAACCACACGUGCAUCAAGUGUUUGGAUUCGGCCGGGGACCACCACCUGGAAGCCUUCCAGGCUUACCGCCUGGCGCUGGCGGUGCUGGGCUGCGGGGUCCCCCUGCUGAUCACGGUGGCGAGCUGGGGGGGCCUGGUGCGGGCGCUGGUGCGCAGCCCCGGGCUGGCGAGGGCGGAGAAGCUGCGGGUGGGGGCGCUGGUGGCGGCCGGGGGGGCCCUGUUCGCCGGCUCCUACGUGCCCUACCACGCGCUGCUGCUGCUCAACCUGGGGGCGCGGCGGGCCUGGCUGCACCGCUGCCGCGGGUUCGAGGACGAGGCCCAGGUGGUCCGCCUGCUGGACAGGGGCACCUACGCGGGCUACCAGGUGAGCCGGGUGCUGCUGCCCUUGGCGGGGUGUCUGCACCCGCUCCUCUACCUGGCCGCCGUGCCUGGCCUCUGCGGGGGCGCCUCGCAGCCCCCCGCAGCCCCGGCCCCAGACAGGUUGCUAUGGAAACAGGGGAGUGUCUCCGAAGCCCCGCCCCCCGGCCCGUUGCUGUGGAAACAGGGGGGUGCGGACACCCGGGGGCCCCAGCAUCUCAGGGGCACCUGAGCGCGGCGGCUGCGGCUUCCUGCCCACAGGCACCAAGGAGCUUCCGUUCUCACAGCCCCGGGGUCAGCGGCGUGUCACCCACGCACACCCCCAGGCUGGGUGGGUGACACCCUUCGAAGCAAGAGGGACAAGGGGACCCAGAUGACUGGGGACAGUGCACAGCGGACUGGCCCUCGAGGGAUGGGGUGUGGACAGGGAACCCGGAUUGGACAUCCUGGAACUGUAGACAGCAGGGGAAUCUCCGAUUUUUCAAUUA